AUGUCAAUUGGUAAAAUUAACGAGUUCAAAGUGCAUAGUGAUGAUUGGAACUUAUAUGUAGAAAGAUUAGAACAGUACUUUGUGGUGAAUAAGAUUCCGGCGGAUAUGCAAGUACUGACAUUAAUUACCGAUAAAUCCAAAUCAAAAACGUUUUCUCAAAUAGCGGAAAUAAUGCAAAAACAUUUACAACCCAAACCCAGCCCAUUAACGGAACGAUACAAGUUACGUAACCGGAAACAAAUGGACGGUGAGAGCAUCGCAGAGUACGUAUCGGUACUAAAAAAAAUGUCGAUCGGAUGCGAGUUUGGAGAGGGUUUAGAAGAUAGUUUGAGGGACCAGUUAGUGUGUGGGGUCAGGAGUGAAGCUAUUCGACAACGUUUGUUCGCUGAGGAAAAGUUGGGCUUCGCAAAAGCAUACACCUUCUCCAUGAGCUUGGAAGCAGCGGAAAGAAAUGCAGCGGUAGUAGAGGGACAAGAUGUUGUUUAG